AUAUUAAUUUUAUGAUAGUCGAGAAAAUAGAAAUAGUGAAAGGCACUAACAAGCAUACAACUUAAAUGCCUAUUAAUUAAUAUACUUGGCUGGCUGUAAAUAUCAAUCAAAUAUUGUUAGUUGUACAUUUUUUAACUUGUGUAUAAGUAUUUUCUGAAACAGUGCUAUACAAACUGUGUAAAAUGGGAGAUUCUGUUCAAACAGUAGGAUUCAAAAUAACACUAACGUCAGAUCCAAAACUACCAUUUAAAAUAUUUAAGGUACCAGAAGCGGCGCCAUUCACUGCAGUUUUAAAAUUUGCAGCUGAAGAGUUCAAGGUAUCACCCGAAACAUCAGCCAUAAUUACAGAUGAUGGGAUUGGUAUUAAUCCACAACAGACUGCAGGAGUUGUUUUUCUAAAACAUGGAGCAGAACUGAGGCUUAUACCAAGAGAUAGAGUCGGAUUAAAUAAAUGUUGAUAUGUAAUUUAAUAUUGAAGUUUUAAACAAAUUAUCAAAUAAUCUGUUUCAGUUUGUAUUAUUUUAUAAAAACAUUUAUUUUUUAUUUUUCUAUACAAUACCUAAAAAUAAUUGAAAGUAAAAUGAUUCCAUUCUGAAAGUAAGACAAAUUGUUGUUCAAGCAAUUCUUAAGAGACAUCCUGAUGUUGUAUUCAUUCUAAAUAUUAAAUGUAUGAUCAUUAAUAAAAUACUUAUUAUUUA